GUUUGCCAGAACCGUGUUUUUGUGUAAUUUUGUGAGAUUGAAACAGUUCAAAUAUUCAGACAUGAAGCCAACAGUAGCUGCUGAUGAAAUGUUUCCUGAAGGUGUUGGACCUUACAUGGAUUUAGAAGAAGCUGGUGGUCCCUCUAACCUUCUGAUGGACUUGGCUGCCAAUGAAAAGGCUGUACAUUCAGAUUUCUUCAAUGAUUUUGAAGACUUGUUUGAUGACGAUGAUUUGAAGUGAAAAGUGAUAAUAAUUUUUAAUGUAAAUUAAUUCUCUUAAUUAAAUUAUAAGAUAAUAUUUUA